AUGAGCAACACUCAGUUUGAGGAGUACAUCAUUGAUUUGAUCAACCUGUUCAAGAAACAUGUAGCCGAGGCCGAGGAGCACAUAAUUAGUGAGCAAGGCAUGGUGAACAUGAUGAAGGAGAACUUCCCCAACUUCCUCAAAACCCAUGAAGAAAAGGGCACAGAUUUCUGGGCCAAUGACUCUGAAAUAAAGGAUACAAACAAGAAGCUUGACUUUGCUCAGUCACUGUCGCUGCUGGGGAAAAUGGCCAUAGACAACCACAGGCAGAGUCAGGGAGCAACACCCGGUUCCGGCGGGAGCCAGUGA